AUGAACCAGUUGCUUGUGGGAUGCAGGAGGUCUCUAAGCAGAUGGAGAAUAAACUCUAUUCUUAAUAGAGAAUGGGCAAUCAGAGACUUGACAGAAAAAUUAAAAGUACUUGAGGAGAAGGAGGGUCUAGAGAGUGUGGGAGAAGUGAAGAAAAGAAGACAAAGGAAUACCAUCAAAUCCAUCAGGGAUUCACAAGGAAGGCUAGUGCAGAGGGAGAGGGGAUUAGAAGAUGCUUUUAGUUCUUACUUCAAGGUAGUUUUCUUAACUUCGAAUCCUAUUGCUGAAGAGAUAGAAAUUUUUGUGCAGUGUGUUGAAGGAAGGGUCACUGUAGGUUUGAGUGAGAAAAUGGAGAGGGAGUUCACUGCUGUUGAGGUGGGUGAGGCUCUCAGACAAAUGUCAGCUUUUAAGUUACCUGACCUAGAUGGAUUUGGGGCAGGUUUCUAUAAAGGCCAUUGGAAUGUAGUUGGGGAAGACACAUGCAGAGCUGUUUUAAGUGUGCUAAAUGGUGGUGAAAUGAGUCAAGGAUUAAGUCACACACUUAUUUCCCUCAUUCCAAAGAUAAAAGCUCUUGUUUCAGUCAAGGAAUAUAGGCCAAUAAGCCUAUGUAAUGUCCUAUAUAAGCUUAUCCCUAAGGUUGUGGCAAACAGCUUUAAAGAAGAAUGGAGAGUAGUUUAUUCAUUGUUGGAAGUGUAUGAAAAAGCCUCAGGGCAAACACUCAACAAGGAUAAAACCUCUAUAUUCUAUGGUGCCAAUACCCCUACUGAUAUGAGAGGGAGAAUAUUUCAAGAGACUGGGGCAGUGGUUUGUGACAGUUAUGAGAAGAAUUUGGGGCUUUCAACAGUAGUUGGCAGAUUAAGGUAUAAUGUUUUUCGAAGUAUUAAGGAGAGAGUUUGGUUGAAGAUACAAAACUGGAAAAAUAGCUUUUUUUCUAGAGCAGGCAAGGAAGUACUUAUCAAAGCUGUGUUGCAAGCAAUCCCCACGUAUACAAUGAAUGUUUUUCAGUUGCCUAAGAAGCUAUGCAAGGAGAUUGAGGCACUUAUGGCUAGGUUCUGGUGGGCCAGUUAUAAAAAAGAGAAAGGAAUUCAUUGGAAGCAGUGGAGGAGUCUCGAGUUAGCAAAGGCUGAAGGGGGUUUGGGGUUCAGAGACUUGGAGUGCUUCAACAAUGCCAUGUUAGCAAAGCAGGGAUGGAGACUACUAAAGGAGCCUCAUUCAUUGCUAGCCAAGGUCUUUAAAGAUAAAUAUCUUAAAAACCUGCAGCUGCUGGAGGCACCAUUGGGAAAUUCACCUUCACUAAUUUGGAAAAGCAUCUGGUCGAAUUUAAGAAUAGUGAAGGAAGAUUUGAUAUGGAGGAUUGGGGAUGGGAGAACAACAUGUAUCUGGGGCCAGAAAUGGUUGCCUACUCCCACUACCCAUUGUGUACAGUCACCUGUAAGAAUUACACAAAAGGAUGCAAAAGUUUGUGAGUUGAUUGAUGAGCAAAAGGGGGUAUGGAAGGAAAAUGUGGUUGGGGUUGUUUUCAGUGAAGAGGAGGCUAAGGUGAUGUAUGCAAUACUAGUUAGUCAGAAUGGGGUGGCAGAUAAGCUAAUAUGGAACAAUUUAAAGAAGGGUGUCUUCACUGUUAAGAGUGCCUACUACAUGGAAAAACAGAAGUAG